AUGGAAAGUUUUAUAGCUAUUACUAUUCAUUUUAUUGAUAAUCAAUGGAAAUUACAACAUUUUGUUUUAGAUAUUUUUCAAUUUAAAGGAUCUCAUACUAGACAAAAUAUUGCUGAUAAAAUAUAUAAUUUACUUGAAGAAUUUGAAAUAGAUACAAAAGUUAUUGCAUUAACUACUGAUAAUGCUCAUAUACUAAAUUUAGUUGUCUCAGCUAGAUUAAAAUUUUUAGAAACUCCAAUUAAAAAAUUACGAAAAUUAGUUAAAAUUAUUCAAAAAUCAACUAAAUAUCUUGAAUAUUUAGAAAAUAUUGUAAUUGUGAAAAAACAGUUUUUUUUAGUUCCUGUUUUAGACUGUAAAACCAGAUGGAAUUCUACAUAUUUUAUGCUUAAAAGAGCAUAUAAUAAAGAUUGGAUAAAAUUUAAAAACUUAAUUCAACUUUUAGAACAGUUUAAUGAAGCUACUAUUGAACUUUUAGCACAAUCAUAUCCAACAAUUGCAUAUGUACAAAUAAUUUUAUUAGCUCUUCGAAAAGAUUUAGAAUCUAACAAAUAUGAUAACUUUCAAUUAGAUAAUGUUAUUGAAGCUAUGCUAUCUAAAUAUAUUGAUAAAAAUUUUUGUUUUCCUAAUAUAACAAUUGAAGAAAUUUUAACACCAGUUCGAGAAAAAAUACAACAACAAUUACCUUUAAUAUCAUCUCAAUCUUCUAAAAAAAUAUCAAGUUUUUAUCAAAAAUUAAAAAAUAAUACUCAAGAAUUACAACUAUUAUUUGAAGAAGCAGAUGAAAUUAUAAAUCUUUUAGAUUGGUGGCAAACUCAUACAGCAGAAUAUCUAUCACUUUCUAAACUUGCACAAAAUUUUUUAUGUAUUCAAGCAAGUUCUGUUCUAUGUGAACAACUUUUUUCUAUUGCAAGUCAA